GCGCUGCCCCCCUUCGGCCCGGGGCUGGCGCGCCCCUUCGCCGGGCUGGCGGCGCUGGCCACGCUGCAGUCCAGCCUCACGCUCUGGGCGCUGCGCGGCCUCAGCCUGCCCAUGUACGUGGUCUUCAAGCGCUGCCUGCCCCUGGCCACGCUCCUGCUCGGCGUCCUGGUGCUCCACAACGGCGCCCCCUCGCCCGGCGUCCUGGCCGCCGUGCUCGUCACCACCUGCGGCGCCGCGCUGGCAGGAGCGGGUGACCUGAGUGGUGAUCUCAUGGGGUAUGUGACAGGAGUGCUGGCUGUGGUGGUUCAUGCUGCCUAUUUGGUGCUCAUCCAAAAGACCAGUGCAGAUAGUGACUAUGGACCCCUGACAGCCCAGUAUGUCAUUGCCGUUUCAGCCACUCCUUUGCUCAUCAUCUGCUCCUUUGCCAGUAUGGAUGCCAUCAACGUCUGGUCAUUCCCUGGCUGGAAGGACCCAGCCAUGACAUGCAUCUUUAUCGCUUGUGUCUUGAUUGGCUGUGCCAUGAACUUUACCACCCUUCACUGCACCUACAUUAACUCGGCUGUGACCACAAGCUUCGUCGGGGUGGUAAAGAGCAUAGCAACCAUAACAGUGGGCAUGGUGGCCUUCGAUGAUGUGGAGCCCACAAAGCUGUUUAUAGCAGGUGUUGUGGUCAACACCUUGGGCUCUGUCAUUUACUGUGUGGUCAAGUACAUUGAGACCAGAAAGCAGAGCAAUUAUGAGGACCUGGAAAAAGAAGCAAGAGAGGAAGAAGAGAAAGGACAUACUGGAGGUCAACCACCAUUUGCAAUGGAGGAGAUCUCCCAGGAGAAGGGAACAGAGGAGACAGCAGUAGAGGAACAAGCAGAAAGGGACAGUGAGAGUAUAGAGGAGCAACAGGACAACACAGUGGAGCCAGCAAAGGUGCCCACUGUUCAAGGAGAAGUAAACAGCACUGAAGGAGUUAACAAGAGCUCACUGAAGGAUGCCUAUCUUGGAGUAUGGAGGUUAGUUAGGGGGGGUAAUUAUAUAAAGAAAGAUUAUUUGAUAGAAAAUGAGGAGUUACCAAGUCCCUGAAAAGCAGGUUUAAAAAAGGGAAUGUCUUAAGGCUUGAGGAAAUAUUUAUUUAUUUUUUGCAUAGGGAAGGAAGGCAGGAUGCACGUUUUUCACAUCAGCACUGACGAAUCCAACUUGUUUUACCUCGCCAUCCAGAAAGGAUGUGUUAAUCCGCUUACGCUAUACAAUCAUUCCCAUGACUGAAACAGUUAAACUGAUGUAGAAAUCUGUGCAUUGGACUUACAUUGGUGUAAUUCCAUUGCCUUGAGUAGUUAUGCCUGACAGCUAUGUGAGAUCAGAAUCAGACCUGGAGGGUGAGAAGCUCUGAUCAGAACGAUAAAGGCCUUAUUCUGGUAUGUUAUUACAUUGAGGGCUCUGCAGGUUGUUUUUAUUCUUAUUGAUGCAUAGUUUAUUUGCCAAUAAUGUAAUUGCCAUUCACCUGAAACUAUAUGUGAAUUCAAGUUAAAUUCAAUAACUGUUUUGGGCAGAUAAAACAGGUUACAAAUGUUAAUCUUAAGCAUUUUGAUUCUGGGGUUAGAUUCUCCGAAUUGGUGAGAAGAUGGGUGCGGGUGCUGCUCUCUCCUUCUCCUCUCUAUCUGUCCCUUUAUGACGCUCAUCUAGGUUGAAAUCUCCUUUCUGCCUGAUUCAGAGCAGGGGUUUAAACAAGAUAUCUGUCUCUCAGAACAGCAGUCUACCCAACAAGCUAUGGUGUAUUCUGGAGCAGACGUGUCCUAGUCUGUCCUGUGCUUUAUAUAGCGUGAAACAGCACCAACAGAAGAGCUUAAGAGAGAAAAGCUCUUGUCGCCCUGCAGUGAGGAUAUUUUCUAGGAAGUGGAAGACGCCGAGUCAGAUUCUUGCUCUGAGUUAAGCAGGGAAGGGAUUUACACCUGGGUCUCCCUUACUCAUGGUGAAUGUCCAGAUCACAGGGUUACAAGGUAUGAGGAGGGAAGGUGUCACUAGAACACCACACUGAAAUGAAUUAUUUUGGUUCACUGAAAAAUGUUGGUUUUAGAUGAGUCCAAACCAAUUUUUGGUUGAGUGGCUAAACUGAAAAAUCAAUUAUUCCUACAGCUUUAACUACAUACCAGCCAGCAAUGCCUAUUACAAUCAUAUGGUCAUUGAAUUAGGCCCACGGUGCACUGAAACCACUGAGGCUUCUCUCAGAAGCGAAAUUUUUCCUUGGCAUUAAAUGUUUGCAGGAUUGGGUCCUAAAGCAGUUAGUUUGUUUUAGAUUUAUGCCAGUUUACAGGCAUAUACACAUACAAUGUCAUUUUAAUGGAGAUUUCAGAAACUGACAAGCCAUUUUAAAUGGGUUUUGAAAGAGAUGGUGGUCAGCACCACAGACGUACUGUGACAGAGUUUAUAAUCGGGGCUUUCUGAGGAUGUGUCACAUAGGUCUGUCUGCAGUACUUAAUAUAUAACUGCACUGAAGUAACAAGAGCCAUUUACUGUGAUCUGCAAUAUCAUGUUUACUUUCUGUUCAGCCUCCUCAGUGUAUUUUCAAAUAAUUGCCUUAUUUAUUCUUUUUAGAGUAAUUGAACUUCUUUUGUUUGUUGGUUGGUUUUUUAAUGCAUCCUUGCAUAAGGACGUUGAUUUAUAUGACCUGGAGUUCAUGUACUAUUAAAAUAAUUUUAUGUUUUGCUACCCAUGCAGGCCACUGAACACCACAUUCAUUUCUAAUCAAUUUGCACUGCGUUCAAUAUUCUGUGUCUACUGGUAAGGUAGAAUUAUGUACUAACCGAAUUGCAGCCUUAGAGAUCCUGGCAUACAACACUAUUACCUGUUUGGCAUAUUUAAAAACAUGCUGUAAAAAGCUAUACUCUUACAUUCAUAUUACAAGACUUUUUACACAUGCCAAGUGGAAAUGUGGGUUUGCUGCUUAUUGUUGAAGUAUCAGUGGAAACAUAUGGAAAAUCUAACAGUCUUUAACUGUUUAAAGCUGCUGUUACAAUUUUGUACAUUUGCAUGUACAGUAAAAAUGUGGUUAUCCUGUAUCUUGUUUAUAUUUAAACAUUAGUGUUUAAUACCCCCUUCAUUAAAAUGGGGACUUGGCUAAUGCAACCCUGUUUUCCAGUGGAGACUGUUGCAAAAUAAAAUAAAAAUAUUGCCUCGUGCUGAGGUAUUUUUAAUUGCAUAAAUCAAAGACUUCAAUUAAUCUGGAGAAUGAGAUGUGGAAAUAAAAUGCACUG